UUUUGCUUAGUUUAGCAGAAGUGGGACCGAGUCGUUGUUUUGCAAGUCUCAAGUGAGUCUCAAGUCUUUGACCUCAAGUCCGAGUCAAGUCCCAAGUCAAAUACAGGCAAGUCCAAGUUGAGUCUCAAGUCACUGGCCCAUAAGUCCAAGUCAAGUCCAAGUCAUCUACAUAAAGCUUCAAGUCAUUUCAAGUCUUUAAACCAAAGUACCAAAUACAGCUUAGAUUUUUGCGACUUAAACUUGUUCUUAAAAAUCAUAGUAUAUUUAUAUAUGAGUAUUUAUAGGUUAUAUAAGCGAUGUAGAAAUGCAAUUUUUUUCCUUUUUAAAUGUCUUGACAAGGUCUUUAUUCAUCAUCUUCAUUACAGUCAGAAUGGAAAGAAUUCAGAUUUAAAAGUGCUUCUCAAGUCCAAGUCGAGUCCCAAGUCCAUUUUAUCAAGUCAAGUCUCAAGUCCUAAAAAUAGUGACUCAAGUCUGACUCGAGUUGGUUUACAGUCCCUUCUCUUGCCAUAUCCUAACCCUAAUAACCCUCCAUAGAAUAUCUGAGGGAGAAAAACUAUUAUAUCUGCAAUUUUGGCUUACAACUUCUACUUCUGCAUCAUCUUUAAAGUAGAAAAGCUGUGUAUGUUUUACUUUAUGCUUGUCUUAAUGUGAUUGGACGGAAGCCCGCAGGUGUCAUCGAUCAGAUUAAUGAUGAUGUAAUUGUUUGUCUAAAGUGAGUCUGCUGUUAGCAUCGCCACUGCAACACCUGACAUCGAUCAGCGAACACGCACUGGCGACUUUAGGCAAACUUUUACCAACUUGUACGCGGAAUUAGUUUCGUAUUUGAGGUUAAAUGAGUUUAGACAUUCAGCAGGUGUGUCCGAUAUGCUAAAGCGCAUUGUUGUUUAGAUUUGCAAGGAUGAAUAACAACAGAGGAUAAGCAGAUGGGAGGAGUGUAGCCUGUAAAACGCGUUCCGCAAGCAGCCAAAGCCACAAUACGGAGUUUCUGGAGCCGCGUAUCCAUUCGUGUAUCCAGUCACCCUGCCCCGGAGCACCACAAUUCAUACCUCCACUCCCUUCCUACCCAAGUCUUUUAAAUACUUUUAAUCGUUUCGGGGUUGAGAGACGCGGCACGACCAGGGAGGCAGCAGGUACGGUACAGGCGGAUGUCUGUGAGCGUUCGCGGUGAUGGAUGGCGCGUUUGACGGUCAGAUGAGCCUCAGGAGCCGGCUGGAGAGGAGCAGUCACACGGCUUUCAUAGAUGACGGCGUUCUUUAUGUUUGGGGAGGAUACCAGAUGGCUGAUGGAGAAGAUGCGGUGUUGCCCAGUGAUGAGAUAUGGCUCUUUGAUUUGUACAGUGGCAUAUGGGAGCAGAGAGAGCUGACGGGAGAUGUUCCACCUGACCUAAAUGGUUUCUGUGGCUCCUAUUUGAACGGGACGCUGUACAUUUUUGCAGGAUCUGAUGGCGGGGGCUACACAAACGAUAUGUUUACACUGGACCUUCAUAGUGACUGUUAUGUUUGGAAAAAGCUAACUGACACCAAUGGGAAGACGCCAUCCCCACGAAACAAGCACUCCUGCUGGGUCUACAGGGACAGGUUAAUUUACUUUGGUGGCUACGGAUGCAAGACAGUUGGAGAUGUACAAAACAGUUCACCAUCAAGCUUCACUGUAGAAGAAAUGUCAUGGACAACAAUUGGAGGUACAUUAUUCAGGUGCUGGGGCUGGAACAAUGAAGUGAAUCUUUUUGAUACUUUAACCUCAACUUGGAGCUUACCAGAAACAAGGGGUUCAGCUCCGGCGCCCAGAGGCUGCCACGCUGCUGCUAUUUUAGGAAACAGAGGCUACAUCACUGGUGGUGUGGAAAGUGCUCAAUUAGACCUUUACUGUUUAGACCUAGACACCUGGACGUGGAGUUGUUUGGUAAAUUCAGGUUCUUCUGCACCAAUGGGCCGCACUAUGCACUCAAUGACCGCUACACCAGAUGGGACACUGUUUAUUUAUGGAGGUUUUGGGACUUAUGGACCCACACUCAAUGAUGCUUGGCAGUAUAACUUGCACAGAAAAGAAUGGAUUCAAGUGGAUCACCAACAUAAAGACAAACCCAGGGUGGGUCAUACCUCAUGUCUCGGAAACGACAGUGACAUUGUGGUGUUUGGGGGAAGCAGCAACUUGACUCUCCAAAUGGACCUGGUGGCCAUUUUGCGGUCUCCACGACAACAGCACUGCAGUGAUGUGUUGAUCUUUCAGACCCAGCCGUACCCUCUCUCCAGGUUGUGUGAAGACUUCAUAGGAAGAAACAACAUGCUGUUUGAGAGCCACCUGAACUCUCUGCCUCCAAAAAUACAACACAAACUAGAAAAGAGAUGUGCCUAUUUCAUAGCAGAAACCUUAAACCCUCUUACCGCAGAUUUAAGUGCCUGAUUUUAAAAUGCAGUUCUUUAACCAGUUCUUUUUUUGGUAGGAUUUGUUUAUAAACAUUUUUAACUUAAUAAUUUUGUAAUAAUAGUUUUGUAAAAAAUACGAAUUUGCCUUGUUUUAAAAAGCUUAAUGUUUUACCAGUGAUUUAAUGCACAUUUAAAUAAAGAUGUUAUUUUAUUUUGUAAUAUGUAAAAAAUAUUCAGUUAUUAAAAACUUUGUCUUAGA